AUGGCCGGCCUGACCCUGGCCCUGCGCUAUGGGCCCCUGCGCGCCCCCAUCUCUGCCUCCCAGGGGUCCGCGUCCUGGCCCCAGUGGCACCUCACCAGCAGCGGCGUCGCCCACCACCCCAUCCCGCCCGUGUCCUUUCCCCCACCCACCUUGCGGUCCACACUGGCCGAGCCCCUGCCCCCCGCCUCCAAGCGGGAUGUCCCGGUCUGGGCUUUCGACGAGGUCAUCAGCCGGUGGGAGACCACCUCGGGCUCGGCCUACGUGCCCAAGACCCAGUGCGGGCCGUACGCGCAGCCCAGGGCGGCCGAGCCCGCCGACCCCACGCGGACACUGGGCAUAAAGGACUUAGGGGAGAAGCUCCGGCUCCGCGGCGGGCGCCUCCCGCUGGUCACCAAGGACCACUGCAGCGAGACGCGGGAGCAGUUCCCGGGCUGGCCCUGCCUGGACGCGGGCGGCCCCUGCGCCCUCGGACCUCAGCCCCUGGAGCUCGCCGACCACCAUCGCGGGGGCCCCUCCCAGGCUCUAGUCCCCUGGACCCACAAUCCCGAGCUGGCCGGCCGGCCGUUCAUGGUCCCGGACCUGGCCGUCCUGGACCGCAACCAGCUGUAUCUGACCACGACGGCCCGGGACUUCUCCAAGAAGGAGCUGGCUGCAUCCUCCAGCCAGGACCUGCUGACCUACUGGAGCUUCGAGGAGACGCCCCGGGCCCGGGGUCGGGGUCCCCUGCGGCCGCCCUUCCCUCGCGCCUCCCGGCCACCGCGGCCGCCCACCCUCCGCGUGCCCCGGGCGCGCCCCGUGCAGCCUGCCGUCCCGCACCGGGGGCUUUGCUCCCUGGCGCAGGAGUCCUUCGGGCCCCCGCUGCACCCGCUCCGCACGCUCGACCGCUUUUGCCCGCUGGAGCUGCCCUGGGGCGGCCCCCACUGGCAGGCGGUGCCCGGCGUCUUCAGCGCCCCGCAGGCCUAUCGCCCUGAGAGCGCCGAGUACGGCAGCGGGCGGCCCGCGCGGGUGUGAGCAGGAUGCGGGGGCCCGCCGGUGACAGAGUUAAACAGACUAAACCAAGUCCUUUGCGGGGUC